UGACUCACUGUUGUCCUUUCUCCCGCAGAAGAUGUGAGCGAUGAGUAAGCCAGAUCCCCUCCUUCAGUCCUCAGCCACCCCGCCACCGACACCAUCACCCAAGGCCCUGCUUCUGCCUCUGUUUCUUCUGAUUCUCUUCUGCUGCGCCCCUGCUGGAUCUGCUUCUGCUGGUGCCGACAAGCAGAGAUCAUGGGGCGCAGCAGAAUCACCAGCAGGCAGCGGCAGCGGCUUAGAGGUCACAAGUACCUACUGGAGUUCUGCCAGUGAGUUUUACCGCAGAGUCACAAUCGGGUCGGGAGAUUUAAUGGACAGUGAGAUUACUGUAGUCGAAGAAAAGGUGUUACCUGACGCUCUAGAAGACAGUGAUGGUACUUUGUUUAUUGUCCGCGCAGCCUUACCGCCGCCCAGUGAACCUUUAGUGCCAGAGUCAGAGAUACGUAGUCCAGAUGACAAAUACGUCAUUAUCAAGCGCUCUGACUAUCAUGGACUCUCACAGGACUGGCCUCAUCCAAGUUUGGAUAAAGAAGGAAAACUCUUUUCUGCAAGAACAGUCUGGAGUCAAGUAGAAAAAUCCAAAGGACAUGAUCUGUUUGAGCAAAGAAACUGGGGUCAAGAGGGUGAGAAGUUUGAACAAGUAUCGAGCGAAGAUAAGAGCAGUGGCGAGCCUCGACACGGGUCCUCCAUUACAACAACGGUGGGAAAAAAGCGGGAAGUGGCCAUUGUUAAGGAGAGAGAGACCCAUUUAAGACCAAGAAAGUGGGAACAACCCAGAAAAAAUAAAGGUGGAGGGAGAGAGCAGGAGGUUCAGAAACCCGGUCCAGGCGAAACAUUGCCACUCGGAACAGACAGACACAUUACAUCAGACCACAGCAAAAGGAAUUUUGGUCGAGCUUCAACCACACUGUCGGGAGAUUCUCAUGACAAUGUUCUCCGUGACCGUCCUAACACAGUGAGAGUCACCCGUGGUUUGGGUACACAGCACAGCAGUCCAGAGAUUUCAGGACUCUAUACCUCCGGUUCCAAACGUGACGAGCAUACCAGUGUCGAUAUCUUAGGUUUACACAACAUUCCGAGUGCCACCCCUGUCGCAACUCAGCCUGGGGAAACUUCACCUGCGUCGUCUUUACGAGACACCGCUCGCCUGGCGAUGGGUGUGCCGAUUGGCGGCAAGCCUGAGAACCAAGCUGAUGGGUGGCACACCGGCGUUGGGGGAGACGACCACGCUGGUGGGUGGCACACGGGCAUCAGGGGAGACAACCACGCUGGUGGGCAGCACACGGGCAUCGGAGGAGACGACCUUGCAGGUGGGUGGCACAAGGGCAUCGGAGGCGACGACCACACUGGUGGAUGGCACACAGGUGUCGGGGGAGAAGACCACGCUGGUGGGUGGCACACGGUGGGGGACUUGCAACCAGCCUGGGAGACCUUCCAAGAGGAUGAUCGCUCAUUAGACUACCAUCAUCAACACGAUGACAUGAUAGAGUCAACUGUGGACCAGGGAGAUCAAACCUGGCCCUCUGGCGGUGAUGAUCAUGACCACUGGCCCUCUGGUGGUGCUGAGCACAGCAGCUGGCCCUCUGGCGGCACUGAUCAUGACCAAUGGCCCCCUGGCAGCACUGAUUACGACAACUGGCCCACUGGCGGUGCAAGGUAUGACCACUGGCCCUCUGGUGGCGCUGACCACGACAACUGGCCCCCGGGAGCCAUACACGGUGGACCAAGGAUACCCCAUCUGGGACCUGGACCUCCUGGCCUCACCACUGAGUCUGGAUGUGGGUGCUGGGACACAGACGCCGUCACGCCGGAGGUCGAGUGUAGCUGCUGGGGCUCACCGCUGACACAAGUACCAUCAGACUUCUCCAAGGGUGUCUUCAGGAUAACGCUGAACAACGUGAAGCUGACAACAGUUCGUAAUGAUUCCUUCAUCUCUUACCGCCGGAGUCUACACGAGAUAGUGUUGGAAAACAUGGGUGAGCUUCACACCAUCGAGGUCGGCUCCUUCAAGGGUCUUCACCAGCUCAGGUCUAUAUACAUCCACUUAGCUCCACAGCUAAAGACGAUGCCAAACCUCACCUUCGCGGAAGACAACAAGAACCUAAAGAGCCUGCGAAUCACCAACUCAGGCCUGGAGAUGAUUCCCAAUAUGAAGUUCAUCGGACACGCGGAAAUAAUCAAGAUGAUAGAGCUGGACAGUAAUCGCAUCAAAAAGGUUCACACCAAUUCUCUGGAGGUCCGGGUAGACCAGCUUUCACUGAAUUAUAACCUGAUCGAGAGUGUUGAGAGGGAGGCAUUUGCUGGGUCAAAAAUUGGAAAACUCAGCCUUAAGGGGAAUAUACAUCUUGAAAAUCUUCAUCCACACGCUUUUGAGAACAUCGGCAGUCUUCUAUCACUGGACCUAUCCGGGACCUCCAUCACCUCCCUGCCAACCCUAGGACUAAAUGGCCUGGAGUUUCUGUACCUGGUGAAUACUCCCAGCCUCAAGGUGUUCCCGUCUGUCUACUCCUUUAAGACCAUCAAGCAAGCGAACCUAACUUACCCAUACCACUGUUGCGCUUUCCAGUUUCCCGAGCAGCACGACCCGGAGCAGUACAUCAAAUACCAGAACUUUAAACGUAAGAUGGAACAGAAGUUUUGCUCUGAAGUGACGUCGCCAAGUUCUCAUGUGAUGAUUUCCGCUACCCGCCCACGACGCCGUCGCCGCCACGUCACGCCGCCCAUGGGGAUUCCUCAGGACCUAGGUGGUAGCCGCCGUAUUGGUGCACUCACGCCGCCCACGGAUGAGCCUCAAGGGGCCAGGGCGGCCUAUACCUGUGGAGGUCAUCCUGGAAUGGUCAGGUUACGAGUCGGCCUCGUCGCGGCGACCACUCACAGCUCAGGAGACUUCCUGGUGGUGGAGACGAUGUUCACCAACUUCCUCCUGACACCACAACAACAGCGGACAGCAGCGCUCAUCAGAGACCCCGUGAAGGAACUUAUCCCUCUGCCAGAUAAGAGAUUCGAUGAAGGAGAUGGAUCCUACCCUCAUCAAGAUGAAAGCUAUUUCGGGGGUGGUGCACUAGGAGAUGUUCAUGGCCCCUUCCUAGGCUUCGGGUCUUUCAACCACACACCAGGAAGAUACGUACCGGAACCUCCCAGAAGCAGUAACUCAUCAUCUCGAGGCUGGGAACACGACCAGACCAAAGUGAAAAACACGACCAUGAUAGUCAGCUGUGGGGAGCUAUCCAAGGACUACCACAGUGUGCUGUGUGUGCCGGAGCCGGAUGCUUUUAACCCCUGUGAGGACAUUAUGGGUAACCUGGCUCUUCGUGUGGCUGUGUGGCUGGUAGUGAUCACGGCUGUCCUUGGCAACCUGGCUGUCAUCAUUGUCCUCAUCUCCUCCAAGUUCAAAAUGACGGUGAGCAAGUUCCUGAUGGUGAACCUGGCACUGGCUGACCUCUGCAUGGGGGUCUAUCUCCUCAUUAUCGCAGCCAUGGAUCUACACACCAUAGGAGUUUACUUCAAUCACGCUAUAGACUGGCAGAACGGACCAGGAUGUAAGGUGGCUGGAUUUCUGACAGUAUUUGUCCGGGUGUCUAUCUUUACACUCACGGUGAUCACCUCUGAGCGCUGGUACGCCAUCACCUACGCUAUUCAUCUAAACAAGCGACUUAAGCUCUCCAUGGCUGUCAAGAUUAUGGUAGUGGGCUGGACCUACUCUAUUAGUAUGGCUGCCUUACCUCUGCUGGGCAUCUCAAGCUACAGCAAAACAAGCAUCUGUUUACCUAUGGAGACGGGCAACGGUCUGGCUCUGGCAUACCUCGUCUCCCUGCUGCUGGUGAACGGGCUGGCGUUCGUCGUGAUCACCGCUUGCUAUACCUCAAUGUACUGUUCCAUCAGCCGCCACGAUGCCACCGCUCCUCACUCUGACCUCACCGUGGCUAAACGAAUGGCCCUCCUUGUCUUCACUGACUUCGCCUGCUGGGCACCCAUUGCCUUCUUCGGGUUGACGGCUGUGGCAGGAGUUCCCUUAAUCAACGUUACCAGAGCAAAGAUCCUGCUGGUGUUCUUCUACCCUCUCAACUCGUGUGCCAACCCCUACCUCUAUGCCAUCCUCACCAAACAGUACCGCAGAGACCUCUUCAUCCUCCUCGCUAGAUACGGAUUCUGCACCAAGAGGGCCAUGAGGUAUAAGGGCGCCUACUCGUCUGUCAACAACACCUUUCCACACAACACUGUGGUCAACGCACCCAACCACCGCAACUCAACCCUGACCCAGAUAACCCUGUGUGACCUGACCCGCACCGCAAGAGCCUCCCAGCAGAGCAACAACGGCUCCCUCCUCGGCACCAUGGUAGGAGGGUCACAAGACUCCCUCCAGCGGAAUGUUUCCCCGCUUAGGACACCCACUAAGCCUGAUAGCUGCACGGCGGAAAACGAGCGACUGAGCACCGUGCAGGAGAUGAGUCACAGCACUCACAGCGACGACGAACCAUCACCUGACGAACACCACAAUCUUCCUCACAACGACCAUCGCCACCUCCACGACUCGUCCUCGUCUCCCAGCGGCGUGGUGAAGCAAGCUGGCUCUCCUCACCCUAUCAAGAACUGUUACACUAGGUUGUCCUUCACACCUGAGCAAGAGGAGAUACUAAAGCAAGCGGUGAACGAGUCCAAGGCGAAAAAGAAGGCGAAAGCGGAGGGAGAGACAAGCACCAAAGCUACCAGCCCCGUCAAGCAAGGGCUCCUGACAGACCAAGGGUUGCCAACUACAGAAAACGGGAAAUCUCCAGGCCACGGGGAAGCUAUUGUAAUAUGUGAAGUAGAGAUCAACCACGUGGGGGACAACAAGACACAUAGAGCUCUGGAGGAGGUAGAGGAGGCUACAUCUACAGUAUAGCGUAUAGUGAAUGAUUAAUGGUGCAUAAAUAUAGCUAUGACCCUUUUAUCGCUUAUCGUUCUAAUUUGUGUAAAAACAUUCUGCCCUCCAUUUGUAUCAUAUCAGCUCGACACCACGUCUGCUUUCCUUGGUUCACCUCCUCAUUUACCUCUUAGGGGCUUAUCUUCCCCAGUAUUAAUGAACUCUUUUGCCCAACUGAAUCACAAACAUUUUUAAUUUAAAUUUCAGUAUUAAUUUUUUCUUUUAUCUCAGCUAAGUUAGAUUUUUAUUCUGGAAUUGAACGAUUAAUUUAAAAUUU